CGGCCUGUGUGCGCCGCCCGGCGCCUCCAGGUCCCGGCCCGCGGCCUCCUCCGGCCAUGGCGCUCGACCGCUUCCUCCUGGCGCAGUGCGCCUGCUACUUCCUGGCCUUCCUGUUCAGCUUCGUGGUGGUGGUGCCGCUGUCCGAGAACGGCCACGACUUUCGCGGCCGCUGCCUGCUCUUCACGGAGGGCAUGUGGCUGAGCGCCAACAUGACGGUGCAGGCGCGCGAGCGCUUCACGGUGCAGGAGUGGGGCCCGCCGGCCGCCUGCCGCUUCAGCCUGCUCGCCAGCCUGCUCUCGCUGCUGGUCGCCGCCGCGCACGCCUGGCGCACGCUCUUCUUUCUCUGCCAGGGCUACGAGGGCUCCUUCCUCUACGCCACCCUGAACCUGCUGGUCAACGCCUUCGUGGUCUUCCUCGUCUUCAUCGCCAGCACCAUCGUCAGCGUGGGCUUCAGCCUGUGGUGUGACGCGGUCACCGAGAAGGGCGCCAUGCCCCACAGCUGUGAAGAGUUCCAGGACGUGGACUUGGAGCUGAACGUGGACAACUCUGCCUUCUACGAUCAGUUUGCUAUUGCCCAGCUCGGCCUCUGGGCCUCCUGGCUGGCCUGGCUGGCCCUCACCGUCCUGGCCUUCGUGAAGGUCUACCGCAACUGCCGCGAGGAGGCCCUGCUGGAGAGCCUGGCCCACGAGAAGGAGCUGCUGCUGGCCCGGCCGGCCCGCACCGCCUUCCAGGAGGAGAAGAGCGCGGUCAUCUAGACGUCCCGCCCCGGCCCCCGCCCCCGCCACCUCGGGGCGGCCUGUCCCGGGGUGCGGCGGGCGCCUGCCUGCGCCCCUCCCCGGCCCCACCACCAUGCAUGUCUGCCCGCGCCCUGCGCGUCCUGAGUAGCCCCGCUCGCCGAGCGCCCGGCUUCCCGCUGAGACUGCGGCGGCCCACCCGUGGGGCCGCGAGGGCCUCCCCCAGGCUUCACGCGGCUGUCGGGGCGCCUGGUGGCGAGGCUGCGGGGAGGCUGGCCCGCCCCUCGGGCCCCCCAGCUGUGAGGUCCGGGCUCUGCGCACGUGCCCCAGCCCGGCCUCGGCACCAAAUGUGCGGGACGGGUGUGUGGCCUGGACUCGAGAGCGGCUGCGCGGGUGUCCUGGGAGCGGCCGCCGAGCCAGGGCGGGGGGCCCGGGUGGCCUGUCUGUGUGCACGAGAGGGUGUGACCGGGUGGUGUCCGUGCACAGGGGAUGAGUGUGUGUGUGCACGUGUGAGAGUGCUGGUCCAUGAGAGCAUGUCCACACACGGUGCGUGAGUGUGAGCAUGGUCAGCAUGUGAGUAUGCACAAGCAUGCGGGGGUGUGUGCACAGUGUGACAGUGUGCGUGUGAACAUGUGAGCGUGCGUGCGCACAGUAUGAGUGUGUGGGCGUGUGUAUGCAGUGUGAGCGUCCAUGUGCACAAUGAGCGUGUGUGCACACAGUGUGAGCAUGUGAGUGCGCAUGUGCAGUGUGAGCGUGCGCACACAGUGUGAGCGUGUGAGUGUGUGUGUGCACGGUGUGAGCGUGUGUGCGUGCACGAGGCCAGAGCAGGGGAGGAAAGGCAGUCGAUUCGCAGCCCCUCUGCACCCCCAUCCACGGGGCGGCGGACGCCCCGGCAGCCUGGGCUGGGCUCUGCCUUCCCAGCUGAGGCCCCGAGGUCCCGAGGGCAUGACCCUGCCCCCACAGCAGCACGGGGGGCAGCGUGACUGUGGACCCCUCGUCCAGAGGCUCGCGGGCUCCCCAGCUCCCCACCGGCGCCCGCCCUCUGUGUCCUGCCAGGAGGGGGCGCCCAAAGGGCAGGAGCACCCCGCCCCCAGCUCUCUGAGCCUCGUUUGCUCCCCGAGCCUCCCUUGGGCUGCAACGCUUGCUUCCCUGCUGUGCCCCCCACCCCGGGCUCCGGGAAAGGAAGACCCUGCUCCCCAUGCCCAGGGCUCUCACUGCCGGCGACUGGAUUGGUCUCCCAGGCGAGGGCACGGGGCCUCCGGAGGCCAGGACCCGGACCGGGAUCGAGGGGCAGGAGGGGGCCGUGGACAGGAGAGGCCGGGGAGGGAGGCGGACUGUCGCAGACGCCCAGGCCUGUCUCAGGCUGGCUGCCCCCAGCACCUCCAGACACGUCCAGGCCUUGGGGGCGCCCAGCCAAGGGCAGCCGGGCCCCCGGACGGGCGCGGGGCCAGGGGCCGUGUGCCCGUGCCAGGGGCAGGGACAGGCCCUGCUGGGCUGGACACGAAGGGCCAGCGGGCGUUCCCGGAGCUCCUGGCGGGGGCCGCCCAUUGCUUUUCCCUGCUGUUUGAUAACAACAUUGUGUUUUAACUCCACUUCUGGCUACACUGAAAGUGAAGAUUCUUAAGUGUAUUUA